GGCUUUUAGGCUUACAGAUCCAAUUCCUGUGUUGCUAUUGUGUGGAUGGAUAUAAAGCUGUACAGGGGGAGGAGGAGGAGGAGGUGAGGAAGAGCCGAGCCGAGUCGAUAAGAAGAGAAGUGGCUUAUUGGCUGCCUUGCUACCACAUUAACCCAUAUUUGUUUUGACCAGAAAACCAGCUUUUGCGUUUCAGGCCGUGAAAACAGCGCCGUGUGUCUCGUCGCCCCGGGGCUCCGCCGAGGGGACAUGGUCAUCGCGGAGAGGGCCCGCAUCUGCGUGUGUGUGCGCCCGCACUGAGGCGCUCCGCAGCUCCGACAUGGGCAAGGAGGUGAACGGCGUCUCCCGGAGCCGGUUUGAGAUGUUCACAAACAAUGAUGAGGCAGUCAUAAAUAAGAAGCUGCCUAAGGAGCUGUUGCUACGAAUCUUCUCAUUCCUGGAUGUGGUGACACUCUGUCGCUGUGCCCAGGUUUCACGGUCCUGGAAUGUCCUUGCCUUGGAUGGCAGCAACUGGCAGCGAAUUGACCUCUUCGAUUUCCAGAGGGACAUCGAGGGCCGGGUGGUGGAGAACAUCUCGAAGCGAUGCGGAGGGUUCCUGAGGAAGUUGAGCUUGAGGGGGUGCCAGGGUGUGGGUGACAGCGCCUUAAGGACCUUCUCGCAGAAUUGCAGGAACAUCGAGCUGCUGAGUCUGAACGGUUGCACCAAGAUCACUGACAGCACAUGUAAUAGCCUCAGCAAGUUCUGUCCAAAACUGAAGCACCUGGACCUCGCCUCCUGUACCUCCAUCACCAACCUGUCACUUAAAGCUCUCAGUGAGGGCUGUCCCCUGCUGGAGCAGCUGAACAUUUCCUGGUGUGAUCAGGUCACCAAGGACGGUGUUCAGGCGCUGGUGCGCUCCUGCCCUGGACUCAAAUGCCUCUUCCUCAAGGGCUGCACACAGCUAGAAGAUGAGGCCCUGAAGCACAUUGGGGCUCACUGUCCAGAGCUGGUCACUCUCAACCUGCAGACAUGCUCACAGAUCACAGAUGAGGGCCUCAUCACAAUUUGUCGGGGUUGUCACCGCCUGCAGUCUCUGUGUGUGUCGGGUUGUGCCAACAUCACAGAUGCCAUCUUGCAUGCCCUGGGACAGAAUUGCCCCCGUCUAAGAAUAUUAGAAGUGGCCCGGUGUUCUCAGCUUACAGAUGUGGGCUUCACUACAUUAGCACGGAAUUGUCAUGAACUCGAGAAGAUGGAUCUAGAAGAAUGUGUGCAGAUAACAGACGGGACACUCAUCCAGCUGUCUAUUCACUGCCCUCGCUUGCAAGUCCUGAGUCUGUCUCACUGUGAGCUGAUCACCGAUGAUGGCAUCAGACACCUCGGCAGUGGGCCCUGCGCUCACGACUGUCUGGAGGUAAUCGAGCUGGACAACUGCCCCCUCAUCACAGACGCCUCCCUGGAGCACCUAAAGAACUGCCAUAGUCUGGACCGCAUCGAGCUCUACGACUGCCAGCAGAUCACCCGCGCCGGCAUCAAGAGACUAAGGACUCAUCUGCCUAAUAUCAAAGUGCAUGCAUACUUUGCUCCUGUGACUCCACCCCCCUCCGUCGGGGGCAGCCGCCAGAGGUUUUGCCGCUGCUGUGUUCUUCUAUGAUGCAAAGACAACAACCCCCUUCCCCUCCCCGACUUCACGUCCUCCCCCGCAGCGCGACACUUCACCCAUGAACUGCUGCCCUCUGUCUUCAAACUACAUGCUGAUGCGUGUCGCCCGAUUUUGGAGCUGCAGAGAGUGGGCGAGAGCCAAACAACGCCAUGGGGUCUUGGUAACUGUCCCAGAAAAUAUUCUUCAAUCUCCUCAACACAUACAUACACAACAGGCUGACACCCAGGCACGCAGUUAACUCCUAAAUGUUCCUAGGCUGUCUAGAGAGAGUUGGGUUUAUUAAAAAGAGAAAGAAAGGACAGUUAAUGGAUUUGAAUAUCCAUCAAAUUCAGCACGAAAUAUUUCUUGUUCAAGCAAAGAUCUUUGCAGCAAAAGCAUUACGUUCUGUUUCUGAGACUUUUUCUUUUUCUUUAAAUACAAAGAUCCCACUUAACCUCCCAAUUCCUUUGGUGUUGAAGGUCACUUAAGAGCUACCUCUGGACAGGAACUGCACUCUAGAAGACCAAGGUUUGUUUAAGUUCUGCAAGCUGUUUAUUUAAAUUUACAAAAAAAAAUAUAUAAUUUGAAAAAAAAAAAAGUUUAGUGAUGUAGCCAGUUAACUGCCAACGGCCCCAAACAGAAAACAAAGCAGAAAGCUUUUUUCUUUAAUUUUCUUUUUUUUCUAAAAAGAAUACUUGCAGCUAUUUGCACUUACAGUAAAAAAAAAAAAAAAAAGACACUUUACAAAGAUGACCAUUUCAGAAGUGAAGACUGGCAUUUUACUAACACCACAAACCGGCGCUCGGAGCCGCUGCACUCACCUCCGUCUCUGUUACAAUCAGAAGCUUCACCAUACUGGAGAUGGGGGGGAUGACAAGAAUGGACAGUUUAAUAUUUUUCUAAAACUGGACACCAGUUAAGACUCGCAAGUGGGAAUUAAUGUGGAUGCCAAAUGUUGCAUGUAACUCCUAGUUUUUUAAAAUCUAAUUGUAAAUAUGAGGACUGUGGGAGUCGGCGAGCCCAAGCCAGCGAUAACAUGACAACACGAUGACAUGACAUGGAGCAGAGGCCGCUGUCGCCGGCCCUUUUGACGGGAACUCUGGACGCCUGUGCGUGCUUUUUUUCUUUCUUUUUCUCUUUUUUUUGUUUUUCUUAUGUACAGAUGUGCUGGACUUUUUUUUUUUUUUUUUGGUGACGAAAAUGAG